CGAGAUGAGAAUUGUGACGUCGGGAUUAUCUGUCCGGCAGGAGCCAAGGAGCUAGAUGUUAACGGCGUUGCGGGACGUUUAAGCAGCGAUUCGGGAUUGAGGGUUUUGUAUAGAAAAUCGGAACUGCGGGCUGUUUUAAGAAAAUCGGAACUGUUGGGCGAAUGUAAAGGACCCCUGUGAUUAAGGAUUACGUCUACAUUUUUUUUUUUUUUUUGCUGUGGCUUCAGAUUUUUUAUUACACAUUUUUGUCACCUCAGUUUUUUCUUGCUAUGAAAAAAUUUGCAUAUUGCAAGGUGGUCUUGGCCACCUCCUUGGUUUGGGUUUUCCUGGAUAUGUUUCUGCUGUUAUACUUCAGCGAAUGCAACAAAUGUGAUGAUAAGAAGGAACGGGGCCUUCCUGGAGGGGAUGGUCCUGACAUUAAUCAGAAACCACAUGAAGGCCCAGGGGAAAUGGGAAAGCCUGUUGUCAUUCCGAAAGAAGAGCAGGAAAAGAUGAAGGAGAUGUUCAAAAUCAAUCAGUUUAAUCUAAUGGCUAGUGAGAUGAUUGCACUUAACAGAUCCUUACCUGAUGUCCGCUUAGAAGGGUGUAAAACGAAAGUGUACCCUGACAGUCUGCCAACAACAAGUGUUGUAAUAGUGUUUCACAAUGAAGCUUGGACUACAUUAUUAAGGACUGUACAUAGUGUAAUAAAUCGGUCACCACGGCAUUUAUUACAAGAAAUCAUUCUUGUAGAUGAUGCCAGUGAGAGAGAGUUUUUGAAAAGACCAUUGGAGACAUAUGUAAAAAAACUUACAGUACCCGUUCAUGUAUUACGAAUGGAGCAGCGUUCAGGGCUGAUCAGGGCUCGUCUAAGGGGUGCUGCUGCAUCUAAAGGCCAAGUAAUUACUUUUCUAGAUGCCCACUGUGAAUGUACCGUAGGCUGGUUGGAGCCUUUAUUGGCACGCAUCAAGCAUGACAGGCGGACAGUAGUGUGUCCAAUCAUUGAUGUGAUCAGUGAUGAUACGUUCGAAUAUAUGGCUGGUUCUGACAUGACUUAUGGUGGAUUUAACUGGAAAUUAAACUUCCGAUGGUAUCCUGUUCCCCAACGUGAAAUGGAUCGAAGACGAGGUGAUCGGACACUUCCAGUGAGGACUCCUACUAUGGCAGGAGGCCUCUUUUCCAUAGACAGAGAUUAUUUCCAAGAAAUAGGAACAUAUGAUGCUGGAAUGGACAUUUGGGGAGGAGAAAACUUAGAAAUAUCUUUUCGUAUAUGGCAGUGUGGCGGUACAUUAGAAAUUGUGACAUGCUCACAUGUUGGACAUGUAUUCCGAAAAGCCACCCCUUACACUUUCCCAGGUGGCACAGGCCAAAUCAUAAACAAGAAUAACAGACGGCUAGCAGAAGUCUGGAUGGAUGAAUUCAAAAACUUCUUCUAUAUAAUUUCACCUGGGGUGACUAAAGUUGACUAUGGAGACAUAUCUACCAGAGUAGGCUUGAGACAUAAACUGCAAUGUAAGCCUUUUUCCUGGUACUUAGAAAAUGUGUAUCCUGAUUCCCAGAUACCUCGUCAUUAUUACUCCUUGGGUGAGAUUAGAAAUGUUGAGACAAACCAGUGUCUGGACAAUAUGGCAAGAAAAGAGAAUGAGAAAGUUGGUAUCUUCAACUGCCAUGGAAUGGGAGGUAACCAGGUUUUCUCCUAUACAGCCAGCAAAGAAAUACGAACAGAUGAUUUAUGUUUAGAUGUCUCUAAACUUAAUGGUCCAGUCAUAAUGCUAAAGUGUCACCACUUAAGAGGCAAUCAGUUAUGGGAGUAUGAUCCAGUGAAACUAACACUGGUGCAUGUGAAUAGUAACCAGUGUUUGGACAAAGCUGCAGAGGAGGACAGCCAAGUACCCAGCAUCAGAGAUUGCAGUGGGAGCCGUUCUCAGCAGUGGCUGCUGCGCAAUGUCACACUCCCAGAGAAUUUUUAAAUUCUUACUUGAUGGAAAAUAAAAACACGUUUAAAAAAUGAUGACUGCGCUACCUCUGCACAUGUGACUUGCACAUCCCUUAGUAUCCUGAGAAGGAAACUGUUUUCUGCAACUGUAGGACAGGGGGGCACAAAUCAGCUCAGAAUACCUACCUAGGGGCUUAUCAGUAGCUGAAACCAAGCCCACCCCUUAGAGGAUGUAAACUGGCACACUUUGUAUCAUAACUGUGCACAUUAAAGUUUACAAGGAGAAUCAGUCUCUCUCAUCAAGGAAUUGUCAAGGCAAAGAUUUAAAGACUUCGUGAACCAUCCUGUUGGCUUUUGGGAGAGUUGCAUAUCAGUAUAUAUUGCACAUCAGGACCCUCAAUUGAAUAUUUGAUUCUUUAAAUUCACGCUGCUGGGAAUAUCACUGCAAAAGCACGCCAUAUUCCAAGGACAGAAUGUUCAGUACCUAAACGGCAGAAUCAAAUAAUCCAACGCAGAUUUGCACAAAAAGUUCCUACGUGCAAAAACAGGGUUUCAAAGGAGUUUCAAAAUCACAUAUCUCAAAAGUACAAUUUGUUAUAGUAGAAUAUCUGAUUUAUAUGUAGAUUUUAUACCUCUGCUAAGACAAUAACCAGUAACAGAUCACCUUUGUUUCAGUUGCUUGAUAGCAAAUAGUAGAAUAUAUUUUUCAUGAUGGCAAUCAUAAUUUUUACAAAUGGAGAUGGGCUGAAUUUUUUGUUUGUUGGGGAAAUAACAAAUCAAGUUUGUUUUUAAUGUAUGUUUGCUACACCUUAAAGGUUUUCUUAACCCCACUCUGCAGCAUAAACAUUGCUUCACCUGACCUUUUUUAUGUGUACAACAUAUUAGAUAAACCGUAGAAAUGCAGGUUUUUGUCAUACUUGGAAUUUUCUCUAGUGGACUAUUCCAUGCAACAACAAUUUUAAUUUAUUGGAGGGAUCAAUAAAACAUAUAUCUCAUUUAUUAUAUAGGAGAGAGGCUUAUAUGCACUGACUAAUAUGUUGUAACCUUUACUUUAGUUUAUAUUCACCAGUGACGGCUGUAGAAAGCAUUAUUGUUAGGAAUCCUGAAUAGUGCUGGUUGGUGGCAAUGUUUUGUUCUGGAAAAGCUGAAAGAGGGAAAAACGCAUUGCCUGUAUAGCUUGUAAAAUGAUGUGCCCUCUUUGCUGCUAAAGGAAAAUGUAUAACAUCUAUACAAGUGAGCCUGACUUAUAAAUAAAUGUAUGAAGGCCAUUGUAUAAAUCCUAGUAUCAUUUUGUGUUGCCUACUGUAGUGUAGGUUAGUGAUACAAUAAGUCACCAUUCAGAAUAUGCCUUCUUAUCAUCCCCCAUAUUUAUCAUAUGCCGAGCCAGGGCUUUAUUUAGUUUCUACCCUAAAAAUACUUAUUGCUGCUACUUGGCAAACAUUCUCUUCGUAGCACUAAUGUUUAGAUUCCUAUAUUUUCACAUAGGAAAUGACAGAGGAAGUUUGUUUGAAUGUAUACUUACAUGUAUCUAAAGUGGCACCUAUGCAUAAAUUGGGCUUUAGUUUCAGUUGGUGCACUGCUGCCGGAUCAUCAGUAGUUAUGCCCUGCAGAGAUUUAUUGUGCAAUACUGAAUACAAAGAAAAAAGGUACUUUUUGUCAUUUAAUUGCAUAUGACUUGAACAUGGUGCUUAUUUAAUUAAUUUUAAAACAACUUGGUAAUAUGGAUUCAAGUAGAUGAAUCAUAAGGGAUCAUGUGUGGCAAUGAGGUAUAUUAUAUAUUAUGCAUAUCAAAACAAUUGUCUCGUAGAAGUUUGUUACAUCUUGCAAAAAGAGGUUUAGAAGGGGAGUUAUGUAACUCAAGUGACAUUGUAAGCUAAUGGUGCACAGGGGUUUUGGAUCUUUGUGUGGAGAUCUAUGGUAAUUCCGAUGCCAGUGCUUAGUGACAACUGGAAUGGGAAUGGUAAAUAUGUUCUUUGUCAGCAUGUAGAGAAUUCUUUGGAACCCAGUAGUUGGCUUUUAAAGCAAUCCCCUUCUACAGGCAUAGGCCAUGUCUUCCCCACUCAUAUGAAGGGGUAAUGGCUGUCAGUAGUCUGAUUUGUUUGCUUAAAAGCCCAUGCACCUUUAGCCAUAGGAAAUUAACAUAGUUAAAAAAAAAAUUUCUUUUAUUCAGAAUUUCAAUCACAUUAAUAAAUAUUGGCUUAUUCUUUAGAAUACCCUAGAUUCUCCUAAUUCUGCUGAGAAAAAUAAAACUUGUUCAUCAGUAUGCAGAAGCAAUGCUGAUCUGUAAGAUCGCAGAAUAAAAAUGCCUUGGAGGGUGGCAUCCAAUCUUGGCAGUUUAUGUACAGGCCAAAGCCUGCCCAAAGGGGUCCAUAAACCUCUUAUGACAUAAUUUGAAUCUAAUAUACCCCUAUGACUGUUGUACAUUGGAUUGUGCCUGUAGGCCAGUGCAUAUACAGCAUAUAAAUGCACCAAAGUUUCACACUACCUAACAAACCAACAGUUUAGAAUCAAGGCAUUUCUCUUUGAGUGGCUAAAAUUGUAUUCUAGCCAUACCCUCUGUACAGUUUUAAAAUGAAUCAGCACCAACACUUAAUGUUUCUGGGUUAAAGCAAAACAACAGAUAUAUCAAGGUGAGGCAAAUUUCACAUUAAAUUCAUGCAUUCAAGUAAUGAAUGUUGCACUCUGAAUAGAUUGCCAAAUUGUUUACAUUUCAGAAGUUUCUUUAAAUCUACUUUUUGAAACCGUCACAAUUAAAAUGUACAAAACAAAAUGAGUUUUGUUAAAAUGCUCUGUGUUUUAUCUGUUUUAUUUCAAAUGAAGGCGUUACUUAUGGGGGAAGUUCUGCAAUCUGUUGUCUUUUUUUUUUGUCUGUUAAAUGUAUGUUUUUUUCAAACAUUCUUAUUUUACAAAUCAAUAAGCAUGUGGGGGGGUUUUUUUUGUCUUUUUAAUUCACUUACCAUUGUGUUUAGCAGCGCAAAUGUUCUUGUAUUUUUCACUGUUUAAAGGACUGCCAAAAAUGAAUGGAAAUGGAAUUAUGAAGGUUGGGAUAUCAAACCCUUUUUAAUUUAUAUAUACUUGUCAGAUGUAAUAUAAUGGAAUUUGUAAACAACAGAUUGCUGUAGAUGCUUCUUAUUGUUUGCAAGAUGAUAGAUCCUGCCUUAUAUGCUACUAUCAGCCACUUCCACAGUACUAACCUUUUAAUGCCAGUAGGACUUGCAACAGAUUGCAGAGCAGUGUGUAGCAGGCCCAGUCGCAGCAAAGUGAUAAAAAUCUAACUAUUCCUCUACUUCACAUUUUUCCUGGUGACAUUUUUUCAUGUGUAAAAUUAAAUAAUGGGCAGGGUUUAUUGUAAACUGUUAAAAUGUUGGGAUAUAAAUAUUUUUCUGUAGCUUUUAAUAUCAAAAAAGAUUACAUUCACUUUGACAUACAAUUUUGGGCACAUUGACAUGAAGUUGGCUAACAUGCAUUUCAUUAAUAAACAAAAAAGUGAUCUGAAAACAAUUCUGGUAUAGUAAUUUUUAUAACAGAUGUUUUUUGGAAUAAAAGGCAGUCGAAAACA